GAUCAGAAGGGGAGUUUUGCCGGGGUUGGGAAUUCGGGCGGUGGUGAGAAUGUAUCCGUCCUCGGUGGUCACUUUGUGCAGCUCUACCGGGUAACCGUGCUUUGCGAUUGACGAUUUCUGAUUGAAGAUUGAUGUAGAAAUUUAGAUCUUUAUGGAGUACUGGGGUAGCCACUUACCAAAAGCUCGUCUGGAUCAUCGCAAUACGCUAGAUUACAAGCCAUCAAAAACAGCCACGAAAACAAAUCACGGUCAACCAUAUCGAAAGCUGGAAUCCAACUAUGGUGAUAACAGUUGCCGUGCAAGUUAGUUUGAUGUUUAUAAUUAUGAGCAUGGGUAAUUAACAUUUUGACGAAUUGUGCCAAGCAUUGCGUGCUGGUUAGUACGCAAUCAUUGUGAUGUGAUUAAAUUCUUCAAAAACUGACUGUUGACAGAUUUACUAUUUUGUGACAAAAACUACUAAAUAGAAUAGAACAUGCUUCAGAUCUCAAAGUUUAAUUAGCUCUUCCACAGUUGUUUACUGCGAGCUUAGAUUGCUGCAAUGAAAACACUCUUGGAACUAUUGUUGCACUUUGAUCGUAUGAAGAGGCGAGCAAAUAUGGUUAGAAAAUGUUUAUUAUUGAGAUUUUCAGCCCAUGAUGACUCAUUUAGAAUACACAAACAUAUGAUUAAUGUUCAAGACAUUUGGGAAAUUUGCGAGGAAGCAAAGAUUUAAGAUCGCAUGAAGGCACGACGUGUAUUUCAACCAUACUAAUAAUCAAAACGUUAUUAUUAUGUUUAUUAUGUUUAUUAUUAUCAGUUUUUCAGCCCAAGUUGUAUUAUUUUUGGUACUGAAGAACUUCAAAAUAUCCCAAAAGUGGAACUGCAUUUUUUUCAAUGCUUCUGUACUGCCGUUCUACGCAUAAUUGCCCCAUGUUUUUUGGGAUUCCCAUAUAAUCACGUAUAAAACUUCUUCAAACAUGAUUUGAAUGGAGUUUUUUAAUUACUCAAUUUAUUAUUAUCAUUCAAGUUUUAUCUGCAUUUACUGGACAUUUUAUUCACUUGCAUGUGCAGAGCUCGUUUAAAAUAGAUUUGUGUUGCACUUUCCAUGUUCGUAAAAAUGAUUGGAUCAGUAUUCCACUUUUCGCAGUUUGCUGCAUUAAUCACUCCAGCGACUGCAGUGUUAAUCAUUGUUGGCUCAACUAGCGAAAUGGCUGAGCAUGUUUUACAGCUGUUCCUCUCUUUGGUUCUGCUUCAACUGGUGUACUACGUCAAUCCUGAUAAAUUGUUGGUAAUAUCCCGCUUUAUGGGAUUCCAGAUUUCAAAUUACCCUAGAUUCUCCUUUCAGAAAACAUCAAUUACACAACAUGGCUAUCCCGUAGAGCUGCACAAAGUGAUCACCGAGGAUGGUUACAUUCUAACCGUCACCCGAAUCCCCAACCCCGGAAAGACCCCCAUCCUCAUCAUGCACGGUCUAUUCGGAUGCUCGGUAGACUACACUGCCCAAGGUCCCGGAAAGGCUUUGGCCUAUCUUGCCCAUGACGCUGGAUUCGACGUAUGGAUGGGGAACAACCGCGGCACAACCUACUCCAAGAUACAUGAAACCUUGGGUCUGAAGUCGCAAGCCUUUUGGCACUUCAGUUUUCACAAACUGGGCCUGUACGACCUGUCCGCAACCGUUGACUACGUUUUGAAGGUUUCCAAUCGGAGGCAGCUCCAAUACAUCGGUCACUCGCAAGGCUCGACCCAGUUCCUUGUUCUGACCACCCUUCGUCCCGAGUACAACGAUGUGUUCAUAAGCGCGCACCUCUCGGCACCGGUCGCCUACAUACAUCACACAACCAGCCCGGCAGUCAUCCUAACCAACCGCGCCGAAGAGCUGGAAGCCGCGUGCCGACUCACCGGAGUGUACGAGCUCGGUGGUAGAGGACAAGGCUCCUACGUAGACGCCAUCGUUCGAGCCAACCAACUCGGAUUCAUCCCCAUGGACCUCAUCCUCAUCAACGUGUGGUACGUGAUGGGCUACCACGACUCCAUCAACCGAACCAUCUUGCCCGAUUUGCUCCGGUACAGUCCCGCCGGUGGAUCCAUCUACCAGGUGCUACACUACAUCCAGCUGUACAACGCCCGGAAUUUCCAACAGUACGACUUCGGACCGGAAGAGAACCUCCUGCGCUACGGCACCGUUCAACCUCCAACGUAUCCGUUGCAUAAGGUCUCGACUCCUACGUACCUCUAUUACAGCGAAGCAGACAACAUCAACCAUCCACCGGAUGUGGACGCCUUGGCCGAGCGGCUUCCGAAUUUGCGGCUGAAGUUCAAGAUACCGGAUCGACGCUGGAACCAUAUCGAUUUCUUGUAUGGGAGUAGUGCCUAUCGACUCUACCAUAUGAUUCUGUCCGAAAUGGGUGAUUCAUAAUUGGACAUUGGUAUGCGACCCUCAAUAAAUGAUCCUUUGGCUGUUACAUUUGAUCAAGAUCUGAAAGAUUGGUGAAAUCCUUGGUUGAAGAGUGACCUGUCUACAGAACUUUCAUCAAAAACAUUUCCCCAAGAUAAGAAACCUACCCUUCCGGAACCGGACCUGCCGGUCUACCAACAAACAACAGUCACCUGAAAUCACUUCGCACCAAGUUUGUAGAGCAGAAAACAUACCAUCAAGUCGCUCUUGUGUAAACACAUUCCAGCGCACCGGCGGCGGCCUCAUCACGUCCAGCAAGCAUCGUAAACAACUUCCAGUUUCGGACUGCUCCGGCUCGCAUCACAAUUGUGCAGUUUGAUUUGAUGAUAUUUUCAUAACUGCAAUCAUCGUCGCUACUGCACUUAGGCUACCGACCGAUCACCGCCACCAUCUUCACCAUCUUCACCAUCUCCAUCAUCUCCAUCGGUGUUCAUCGGUUUAAACUGGAAGACUACUGCAUCGUCUCGUCGUCGCUAGGCAAACAAGCUCGCUUGCGAAGCCACAGUUGCCGCGGUUAUUUGCUUAAUUUGCGCGCGAUGGAGCACACUGCUGGUCGAGAGAAGAAAAGAAAAGUACCGCUUGCGCGCCCGGUGAUAAUUGUAUGGUUGUGGCUGCGGA